AUGUUAAAAUUUUAAGUAUAUAUAUAAGGAUAGACAUUUGAUUUUGAAAUAUCUAAAAAUGCCACAAUUGCAGAACUGAAAGACUUAAUAGUAGAGAAAUAAUAAGUAAUUUUUUUAUUCAAGUAGAUUUCAGCUGGUUUUGAUUUAUAUAUAUUUGAUCAACUCCUUUAGGAGGAAGGAACUGUUAAUAAGAUUAUUUAUAAUUGUAAAACAGAUUAUCUUGAACUUAAAUUCAAAGAGAAAGUGCAAUUAAAAAAGUUCCAAUAGUUUUAUGAUCGAGCUAAACCUCUUGUUCUAUGGAAGACUAUUUUAUAAACAAUAAAAUUUAUAGAUAAUUUAGAGGAACAAAGAUAAUAAAAGACAAGAGAUUUAGAUAAAGUUACUAAAAUCUUAUCAUUCUUUUAAAAUGCACCUAAGUUAAUGAAAAAUAAGACAUCUGAUUUGAUUAAUAAUUUUUCUGAUAGAGUGAAAUAAUAAACAAUGUUGAGUCAUAUUAAAAUGUAAGAAGAUGAUUAAGUUCGAAAUUAAAAUAAUGACACUGUAUUAAAUAUCUUAAAUAAUAUGGUUAAUAAGGAUGAAAGAGGAAAUCAUCAUAAAAUGCAACUCAUAUCUAAUAAAAAGAAAUAUAAAACUCCUAAAUUAAGUCCAUAAUAAGAAUAAUAUUUGAUUCGUAAAAAGAAAGCUAUAUCUUUAUUAUAAGAUCCUAAUUAAAGUGAAAAAGCUAAGAUGCUUAUAUAAGAGAUGAAAAAAUAAAAAGAAUAAUUAAAAUUAAAAAGAUAAGAGAAUUUAGAUAAUAGUGCAGAGAAAAUAGAAUUAAGUUUGGAACAUUAUAAAUAAGAAAGAGAAAUUUUAAUGUAAUAGAUUACUUAGGAUAAAAGAAAUAGAAUUAUUGAAAGAUUAAAUGAAAAUUAAAAAAAUCAUGAAUUAUAAAGAUAAUUUAAUAAAUAAUCUUAAUAAUUGAUAAAUGAAUUAAAGAAUAGAAUGAAAAAGUAAUAGGAUUCUCUUAAAAAUAAAGAUGAAUAAAUGAAAUAGAUAUAUUUUGAAGAAGCAAAAGUAAUUAUAAUUCUUAUUAAUAUAGCUCAAACUAUAAGAAAAAAGAAAGCAAGCUUAACCUAUAAGAUUAAUAGAAUUAAAUUAACAUGAGGAACAUUAUUUAGAAAAUAGAGAAAUGCUUAAAUUAUAAAGAGAUUAAAAAAAAUUAGAAUGGGAAAUUAAAAUUAAAUCAGAAACUAAAUAAUUAUAUAAAGAUUAAAAAGUAUUAUAAGAAGUUAUGAAAAUUGAUUAAUAAGUGAAAAAUAAAGAUAUCUUAGAAUAAAAGAAAAGAUAGGAAUUUAAAGUAAGGAAAUAAAAAUAUUCUGAAAUUAUUUAAGAAUUUCAUAGACCAUCAAAUUUUAGUAAAAUAGAUGGUUAAUAAUCAAUAGAUGAUUAUUCAAUUAAUUAAUCUCGAGAUUCUAGAAUUAAAUAAGUAAUAAGAUAUUAAAAUAAGUCUUAAUUUGUUGAUCAAUUAGUAAAUUAAGGAAUUUAAAAAAAUAGUAAAAUUAUAAUUAAAAGAUUUUAGUUAAGAAAAUCUAAUCAGCAUUAAGUUAAGAACAUAUAACACCAAAAACUAAAAUUACAGAAAGUCUUUAAUAAGGAAAAGUACCUGAUGCUAAUACAUAUUUUCAUUUACGUGUACAUACACCAUAAAAAAUAAUAAUCUAAUAAAGUUCUACAAAGAAGUAACCAGAUUAUUUAAGAGAAUUUGAAAGAGAAAGAAAAUCUAUGCAUCAAUCUGCUCUCCCAUCUCUUUCUGGAUUGAAUAAGUAUUUAUAAUUAUUAAUAUUAAUUAAAGGAAGAUGAGUCCCUAAUAAGAAAUGCGACUACUUUAAAGACUAGAAGAAGAGGCCAAAAAGAAAGAAUAAUUAGCUCAUAUAAGUCAAAAUGAUGAUUUACAAAUAGAAGCUACAGAUUUAUACUUAAAAAGUGUUUAGGCAAAAUUGUAAUUUUUGGAUAAGAAAUUAUCAAAUUUUUGA